AUGGCGCCGACUCGGCCGAGCGACAAGAAGGACCCCAGCGCCAGCGCGCUCCUUGUCGACGCCGAAACCCAACUGGCGGUAGGCAACCUUGACGAGGCCAUCAUUCUCGCGACGAGAGCGCUGGAGACAACCGGUCCCGGUGGUGACUUCGAACUCCGAUCACUCAACCUCCUCGGCAUCCUGCACGUCGAGACUGGCGACGUCGAUGACGCACAAGCAUUCUUGGAACGCGCCGUGAAGCUCGACGAGCAUGGCAUCGUGGACGAAAAGGUCGGCGGCGGGCCGGAAAAGUUUCUCCUCCUCGCCCAGCUGAGUGAGGAAGGAGGACAGGACAGCGUGCGGUGGUUCGAUCGCGGAGCAUCGACGUUGAGGAAGCAGAUCCAGGACCUGACCGACCUCGCGAGCCGGACGGCCGAGCAGCAGACAAGCUUGGAGGAGAAGCAACAGAAGCUUGGCGGCGUGCUGUGCGCCGUGGCCGAGGUCUACAUGACGGAUUUGUCGUGGGAGGAAGAUGCCGAGAGUCGGUGCGAGGCCCUCGUCACCGAAGCCAUGAUGAUCGCCCCGAGCUCGCCCGAGACGUGGCAGACGGUCGCCAACGUGCGAAUCUCCCAGGAGCGUCUCGAGGAAGCUAAGGGAGCUCUGAAGCGGAGCCUCGAGCUGUGGCAGAGCCUCCCACCCGAGCACCCCAUGAUUCCCGAGUUUGCGACCAGAGUUGGUCUGGCACGCCUCCUUCUAGAAACGGGGAUGGAGGACGAGGCAUUGAAAGUGCUCGAGCGGCUCGUCACCGACGAUGACCAGAGCGUCGAGUCCUGGUACCUCGGAGGCUGGUGCCUCUACAUGGCGGGCGAGAAGCAGCGCGACGCCGGCGUGGCCGCCGAGACACAGAACGGCGAGGACUGGAAAACGACGUGGUCCACGGCGCGGAAGUGGCUGGCACAAUGCCUCAAGCUAUACGCCGCGCUCGAUUACGAGGACGAGCCACUCGGCGAGCAUGCCGUCGAGCUGUUCCAAAACAUCAACAAGGCGCUCGGCGAGAUGGCCGAAGGUGAAGAGGAGAACUGGGAUGACAGCGGUGACGACGACGACGGCGAGGAUGGCGAUGAGGACGAGGAGAUGCAGGACUGA